AUGCCCAUUACUCUUGGGCCCAGCGUCACCUGCUCCAUCCUCCUCGCUGAGCCGAAUUUAUUCCUAUGGGGCUUUGAUCAGCAUUGUGAAAGGUGUUGCGAGGGCCAUAGUGGCACUUCAUUACUACGAGGAACACUGCAACUGUGCGUCAACAAGAAUACCAGGAUAAAGGCAGUGCAGCUUAGAUUGUUGGGUCACGCCCGCACAGAAUGGCCCCAGGCAAUGGAAUCUGAUUUUUGUGAAGAAGAGACUUUGCAAAUACAACUUUCAACACUUUUCAGCGCCAUGAGCAACUUCAAAAAGUACGACUAUGGGAGCCAGUGUACAUACCAGUGGAGGAAACGGUCGCCCAACAACUCUGAUCUUGACAAUAGGCCAGAAACCCCAAGCUCAUCAAAGUCGCAUUACCGCAAUAACGUGGUUACAAAAGGAGUGACGUACUUAUCAAAUGGAAGGUCCCAUCCGCGCAACGUCAACAGAGGCAGGAUAAUGGCGACUCCAAGUCCAGAGGAAACGUGCAAGGUUUUUUAUCCAGGCAUAUACAAUUACACUUUCGAGCUUCCAAUUGACCACCGACAACUAGAAACCACCAAAACACCUUAUGGCUCUGUGAAGUGGGAACUCCACACAACUGUUGAUCGCUCUGGCAGGUUCAGGAGGAACAUCCAAAGCAAAAAAGAGCUUUCAUUUGUGAGAGUCCCCGACCCAUUAUCCGUAGAGAUGAUGGAAUCAGUUGUAUUCAGUCGGCAAUGGGAAGACCAACUGCGCUACGACAUCACCAUCUUUGGGAAGAGCUUCGCCAGCGGCAGUAACAUCCCAAUCAUCCUCAAGUUGAGGCCUCUGGAUAAGAUCCAGGUACACGGGCUCAGGGUGACAGUGACCGAGGCGAUAGAAUACUCGUCAAGCGAUAAGAAGGUAACCAGGAAGUCGCCAGCUCGCACGGUCCUUCUUUUCGACAAGAGGGCUGGAAAAGCACCAUUUCCUACUUGGACUUCUUCAGACAUUCGGACUGUUCGAGAUGAUCACUUGACCCUGGAUCCGGGACGCGAGGCCAGUGAAACGGGUGAACAACAAAGUGCGGAGGCAUCCGGACGACACACGGCAGCUCAACCCUUGUCAGAGACGCGAAAUAGCCUUUUGGGAAAUCCAGACCCACGAUCGGAGACCUUCUGGGACACAACUGAGAUACAAGCAACGGUUCAGCUUCCCACUUGUCGUAUGAUGGCUAAGAGGGAGGACUUGAGGCUGCAUCCAAAGUGUAUGUGGACAAACGUCAAUAUCAGCCACACAAUCGAGAUAAUUGUGCGUAUCAGCCGGCUCGACCCUGUUGAUACAACGAGAAAAAGGCGCAGAUAUUUCGAGACGUCGGUCUACUACCCGUUCACUUUGCUCAACUGUCGAGCUACGCAGGCCAACAUGACCCUCCCCUCCUACUCCAAAAAGGGAUGUCAGCCUGUGGCCUGUCAGACAACUUGUGGUUGUCCCGAUGCUUUGGUUAUUACGACCCCAGCUACUCUGCAAAAUACACGCCCCUCCACCGAAAUGGCAGAUGUCAACGACCCUGAUCGGCUCACCCAUGUCUCUGGCAACCACACCACUACACCCUAUGUUGUUCCUGAACUACUCGAAAGAGGGUUCAUGUCACCCCCACCUCAAUACGACGACAUCGUUGGCAGCGCCAAUGUCAAUGGCAGACUAAAUUGA